CAUCGGAUGUACGCUCGUUUUUCCUCAAAUAAUUCAAUACUAAUCCGCCGCCUGCUACUCUCUCCCCGUGUCACUUCCAUCUGCCUUUAUUUUGAAAGUAUGGCCAAUCCCCCAGAGAAGAUAUAUGGGGGAGUUUCACUAUUGUAGCUGGAUCAAAGAGCAAACACCACUUUGUACCGCUGACCCCGUGACCCCGCACCGGAAGUGCUGGUUGCCGAGGAGACAGUGCUAACAACAUGGAGGAUGAGCAGGGAGGCGCGUCCGUUGACAACAUCGUCAACGAGUUCGAGACAUACGAGAGUUUCCUGGACUCGCAGGUCACCUCCCUGGACCUGUACUACCUGGAGGAUGAGGAGCUGGCUCGACAAUUGGUGGAGCUGGGAUACAGGGGAAGUGGAGAGGUGCUGAAAAGAGAAGAAUUUGAAAUGAGGAAGGCAGCUGCUGAGGCUGCAAGACUUGCUAAGAAAAGCCAGAAAAAGAUACUAGCAAGUGCAGGAAAAGACCUGAAAGAUAAUUUCCUGAUAGCACUGGCAGAGCGAGAGGAAGCCAACCGGAGCGGGAGAAUGGCUUCUAUAAUUUUCAUCCGAGACUACAAUUCUCAUGGACAAGAGAUUUCUGGGUAUAUUGAUUACUCUCAUAGACUGAAGAUAGAACAGUUUGAAGGGUACUUCAGUGGAAAAAAGAAACUAUUACCACGGUCAACAGAUCUAAGCUUCUACAAUUGGGACACUCAGACCUGCACAUGCAAUUCCAGUCCGUCUUACCACGUAGUCACAGAUAAUGCCUCUGGACUCCUUUUCAAAAACAAAAGAGAUCGAAAAAUAGUACACGUGGAUCCAAAGGUCUCUCCCGGGGAUAAUACCACACGAAACUUAAUUGAAACGGAUCUUUAUGUCCAAGUGGUUAUUUAUGAUCACACCACAAGGAGAAAGUCAUGAGCAAUCACAGCAUAAUAUCACAAUACUUGUUCUUGUUGCCAUUCAAAGUAAUGGUUAAACAGUUUAAUAACUGUGGUUAACAAAUAAUUAAACUUUCACAAAUUUCAUAAACAGCCAUCCCCUUUUGUUUACGUUUAAUAAGUAUCUUACUUAUGCUUCCAAGGGAUUAACUUGAUGCUGUUGAAAGCUAUUCUUACUCAGAGUAUUAACCUGUUUCGCAUUUAAAACUAUUCCAUACAAAUAAAUGAAAAACCAGCUAAAGUCAACUAGAUUUACAGCUUUGGUUGCUAUGAUGUAAUAGGUGAUUUUGUUUCCUCUCUAUCAUGCUUAGGUCUUGUACACCACCUCCGGCCAAAAAUACUUGGACCAGGCUCCACCCAGAGGUUGCCCACAAUAUACAAAAGCCAAGUGAAGGCUUAUCUUCAAUUUUCCAAUCACUCACUUCCACAAAGUAGUGACUAACCCCCAUCUUAGCCUCGCAUAGCAUGACUGAAAUGAUGGAGUCAGCAGAGUGAAUGAAUCCAUCCCUCUACAUCAUGCUACUAUACCAGGAAUGUUGAACGUAAUUAAAAAUAACACUCACAGAGUGGGGCCAGCAUUGUUUAAGCCUACAUAAAUGAUCUCAGCCAUGCUAAUGAACCAUGUAGUUAAAUUCAUGCUGCAUUUGUUUAAAUCUUGGUUUUAUUGCAAUGUUGACAUAACUAUUAUUACACAAACUUGGUGAUACCUUGAAAGACAGUUUAAUGGUUUCUAUACACUUCAA